GAUGAUCCGUCCACAUCAAAACAUCGGAGUAGUGACCCGCAAACAUCUGAGCUGCCAUCACUUCAUGAUUCGCAUGCUAUUCAAGACUUCUUCCGGCGGAAUCGGCAACGAAGUCAUCAAGAAUUUAUGGCAUCGCAAAGUGAAUUAGGGAGCUGUAAUUCUGUGAACGCGAUCUCUCACGACCCGAUGAAGCAGAUAAUCGAACAAUCUGACAAGGAGAUGUCUGUCAAGGAAGCAUUGGCCAAGGGUUUCCGCAACUAUAAAGUUCGACUACCGAAGAAGAGGAUUCCGUUUGAAUUGGAUCCAGCUAUUGACACCUCGGUUUUAUACUCUCUAUUCGCAAACGACGUAGUAGACGAGAACUACAAGGAUCCCAGUACGACAAUUCUCAAUCCUCAAGUCACUGUUCGGGAUGCCUUGAGCGUAUUAGCCGUCUCCACGGAAGGAAAUGGUAGUCUUUCUGGUUUACCGCAAAGGGUGGAUGUGGAAAAGACCGCACCACCACAGUUACUGGAGGCGAACAGAAGCGAUAUUGACAUCAACUCGUCAGUGAAG